AUGCCUCUCAAACACCUGCCGAUCCAGCCCGCCACGGUGUCGAUUGCGCCGAACCCGCACCCGCACGCGGGAACGCGGGACGCGCGCAAGCCCGGCGGUGCCGGGCUUGUGAUCCGCACGUCGCGCCAGUGGGUGCUGCCCCCGCGGCCAAAGCCCGGCCGCAAGCCCAGCGCGGACCCCGCGGCAGGUGGGCGCGCGGGUGCGCACAAGACGACGACGGCAGCGGCCCCGGCAAAACCGGAGCUCAAGCCCAUCCAGCAGGUCCAGCAGUCGGCCAGCGCGCAGAGCGCGCUGUCCGGGCAGAGUGCGACCGGUACAGCGAGUGCGACGUCUCGGCGCUCGUCUGCGGCACCUUCCACGGCGGCUUCGACGACGUCCACGCCCGUGACCGCGCCUGCGGCCGCGCGCCGUGCGUCGCCGGCCCCACCGGUAUCCCCGCAUUCCCAAGAUCCAGGGCUUGCACCGCAGCCUAAACAACGUUCUUCCGUGGCUGGGACUGCGACUGUGUCCGCGCCUGCGACCUCGACUGCGACCGCAGCGGCGAAGAAGCCCACAAAAACUGCUCUGAAGAAGGAGAUUCAGCAGCUUAAGCUCGAAAACUUCAAACUCAAACAGGAGCUUGGCCAGCUGGCAGGCAACCUGCAGGAUCUCAAACACAGGUACUCCCAGUGCGACACGUCUGCCAAAGCUUGUCCCACUUUCCCGAAAAAGCGGUCCUUCCUGGAUUCGCUCGUGGACGCGGAGUUCGAUACCACAGACAGCUUCCUGAAGUUCGAGGACGACGAUGAGGACACCGGGCACCCCCUCAUCCAGGGUGUCUGCAUGAAACCCACGAUGUCGUUCUCGUCUCAGUACAGUUCUAGGACGAAUCUGACGGACGACGAGGACCCCGGGUUCUCGUCAUCCACGCCUAGCUCUCUAUUUUCUGCGGAGCUGCAGAGGUCCGUCACAAACACCAGCUUUGCUGGCGGCAGCAGCGCCGGUGGCAGCGGCAGUGGAGGCUGUGGCAACGCUAGCGGCCUCGCAACGUCCUACCACUGCAUGCACAGCAGCGCCAGCGCCACGUCUCCACACCACCAUACCAGCAGUCCCUGCAACGUGGCCGGCGUGAAGCUGGCGGCCGCGUCUAUCGACACAGCCAAGUUCCUGGACGAUUACGAACAAUCUGUUUUUCAAAACAAGUACCGCCAUCUGCUCGAGCAGGAUACGCGGGCGAAGUCCGUCGUCACCACGGCUAGCGCCAAGGAUCAGUUGUACGCAGCUGCCACUGCCUCGGUUAUGACCCCGACCUUUACGGGAGAUCUACAUUUGGACGCCAUCAAGGAAGAAGACCUCAACUUCAAGCUGGACCACGACUUCGGCAACGACGACAUUAGUAUUUUGAACUUUCUCGAAGACAACGCUCCAGACGGUGGUCCCGCGACCACGACGACUGCGACUGCCGUGACGGAUCACAUACCGCCUUGGGUUGUGAAGGAAGAGGAGCAGGCUGCGGACAUCAAUCUCUUUCAGGACUUUGACACGAGCCCAACACUGCCCAAGCCUGACUUCCGCAUCCCGCCUUCGUUGGAAGAGCUAAUGGGGGAUGCCGAGCCCGCAGAGCGGCACCUGGAUAACGAAAUAAAACGCGAGGACGACGACAGUUUGUUGAAAAUGGACGUUUUCGAAUUUGCAUGA